GGAUAAGAGAAAAAAAAAAAAUGCAAACGCUUCUCACUCAGCCAUGUAAAUCUCUCUUCACUGCCUCGUCGAUUCAUAGCUUCGGUGACGUCAGAGACUGUAUCUACUUCAAAUCAACGGAGAAAGCUUCGCAGUUUCAGUUUCACAGAACAUCCCUAAGCCUCUCCCCGUUUCGUAGCUUCUAUGUCUGUCGCGAAUUCACCGUUCGAAGAUUCUGCUCAAACGACGGCGUUUCAGAUCUCCAAAACGGAGGAAUCGUCUCGGAGGAGGAGGAGCUUGAGCUACGGAACAAGCCUAAUCCUGUAGCGAAACAAGACGAGGAGGAGACUGAGAAAGCAGACGACGACGAGAUCCUAGAACCGUUUCUGAAAUUCUUCAAGCACGAAGAAGAAGAGAUCAAACCAGAAGUCUCCGAUGAUGAUACGGAGAGUGAGAGACUCACCGUGGAGUAUUACGACCCCAAACCAGGCGAAUUCGUCGUUGGCGUUGUUGUCUCCGGCAACGAGAACAAGCUCGAUAUAAGUAUCGGCGCCGAUACGUUAGGAACGAUGUUGACUAAAGAGAUACUUCCGUUAUACGUCAAAGAGUUGGAUUACUUGCUGUGUGAUUUGAAGUACGACGCGGAGGAGUUUUUGGUUAAUGGUAAAAUGGGGAUUGUUAAGGAGGAUGGUGAUGGAGAUGGUGUUGAAGUUGCGGAGUUUGUGAGGCAAGGGAGGCCUGUGGUGGAGAUAGGGACGGUGAUAUUCGCGGAGGUUUUGGGGAGGACGUUGAGUGGGAGGCCUUUGCUUUCUUCUAGGCGUUAUUUUAGGAGGAUUGCUUGGCAUCGUGUGAGGCAGAUUAAGCAGAUUAAUGAGCCUGUUGAGGUUAAGAUAACUGAGUGGAAUACUGGAGGGCUUUUGACUCGGAUUGAGGGUUUGAGAGGUUUUAUUCCAAAGCAGGAGCUGGUGAAGAGAGUGAAUAGUUUCACGGAGUUGAAGGAAAACGUGGGUCGUAGACUGGUUGUGCAGAUUACACGAUUGAAUGAAGACAAAAACGACUUGAUACUGAGUGAAAAAAUAGCUUGGGAGAAGCAGUACCUUAAAGAAGGAACACUCUUAGAAGGAACAGUUGCGAAAAUCUUACCAUAUGGAGCGCAAGUCAAACUCGGGGAUAGUAGCAGAAGUGGACUGCUACACAUUUCAAACAUAACCCGCAGAAGAAUUGGAUCUGUUAGCGAUGUGCUUCAGGUGGACGAAAGCUUAAAGGUUCUCGUUGUAAAAUCUCUAUUUCCAGACAAGAUCUCUCUAAGCAUUGCAGAUCUUGAAAGCGAGCCCGGUUUGUUCAUCACAAACAGAGAGAAAGUGUUUAUGGAAGCUGAAGAGAUGGCAAAGAAGUACAGAGCAAAGAUGCCUACUGUGACAAAAAGAAGCGAGAUUACUACUGAUCAUCCUCCUCCGAUCACAAGCAGCUUCCCUCAGGGAAAGGAUGAAGAAAUCUACGCUAACUGGGACUGGUUCAAGUUCGAGAGUCAGUGACGUAAUCGCAGAUUCUGUUAACGAAACAUGUUGUACAAUGACUGUAUUUGAAUUUUGCGAUUGUUAUAUGUUACUAUGAGUAAAUUAUUCUAAGUUCUUGCAAAAGUAGAUGUGUAUCUAUGCAAAGAUCAAAACACACAACAAUGAUGUUUCUCUAAUCCAAAGAGUACAUUUAUUGAAUCAGACAAGAACAAUGAAUGAUUCGGUAAUCAAAACAAAGAAAAGUUUUCUGCUAACCUCUUUGUUCUUACAGAAUCAAAACAUAAUCAUUCGUUAAGCUGUUGAAGCUCAGCCUUUAGCUGUUCCAUCUUUAACCCCAUGGACCUCUGCAGAGACGAUUUCUCUUUCUCCGUUACCUUCUCUAACAAACCCUCAAACAUCUCCAUAACCUCAGCCACGGCUGCUCUCGCGCACUCCGCUUCCUCGUUGAAGUAAACCGUCUCCUUCGCAUCCAUCGCCAAUUCUAUCUCCUCGCGCGCCUCCGCGAACUUGAGAUUGAUCUCGUCCACCACCUUGUUCACAUCUGGCGGAGAGCCUGCCGUGCUGAAUCUCCUCUGAAUCAGUGAACUGAAUGAUGCUUUGACGAGACUAGAUGUCGAAUAAGGAGACCAGAUACGAGCGGAGACACCGCCAAGCGAGUUCACGGCAGCUGGAGAAGACGUAGUGGUUAGAUUCUGAGAGACUCGUAGAGAGUUUCUAGCGAAUAGGUUUCGGAGAGCGAUUGCUGAGUGACGACGCAUGGUUUCCGCCGCCGUGUUAAGGUUUCUCCGUGAAUCUGUUUGU